UUGUUGUUGUUUAUUAUGUUAUAUAAUUGGGAGGAGGUUAACAAGCACAUGGAGGAUUUCCCGUUCACGCGGAUCAGCGAAUUCCUGCCGGGCGUCAUGUACGAUCCCAUUGGCAAGUUCUUCAAUCGUGAGCUGCAAACGCUAACGCUGAGCUUCGUGAAGCAGGGCGUGCUCAAGCAGAUACUCACCGAGGGCGAGAAGUAUGUGAUGUCGGUCUCGCCCGUGCUGAGCUUCGGCGAGCAGGCCACCUACGAUGUGGUGAACAAUCUGGGCAGCAUGGCCGCCCGCUUCAUAUUCCGCCCCAUCGAGGACAGUUCGUACUUUUACUUCACGCAGACCAUAUCGCGGGACACGCGCCUGGCCAAGCAGCCGCAGGAGCAGGUGCGACAGGCCAGCAGUGUGCUGAACAAUCUGCUGCUGAGCGUCAGCUCUAUUGGCUUGCUGGCAUUCACCUUUGGCCAGAGCUACUCCUAUCCCGUGCUGCUGCUGUACGGCGGCCCAGACUUUGUCGCCGGCGGCCUGCCCCAGAGCCUGCUGCAGUGGCACUGCCUGGCCAUCUACCUGCUGUCCGUGAAUGGCAUCAGCGAGGGCUACAUGUUUGCCACCAACACCAGUCGCGACAUCGACAAGUACAACUAUCUGAUGGCCAUCUUUUCGGUUAGCUUCCUCGUUCUCUCCUACAUUUUGACGGGCAUCUUUGGGCCCGUUGGCUUCAUCUUUGCCAAUUGCAUCAACAUGCUCGGCCGCAUCCUCUACAGCACCUACUACAUCAGGCAGCAGUAUCAGCCGCUGUCCCUCAAUCCACUGCAGGGCCUCAAGCCAGCCAAACUCUUUGGCGUCACACUCAUCAUCUCUGGAAUCAUUUGCUACUGGUACCAAAGUGCUGCUCUGUUUACCCAUUUGGGCAUUGGCUUAAUGGCCGGAAUUGCGUGUCUUCUCGCCUGGGCACUGGCCCAUCGGGAUUUGGUGCGUUUGGCCUGGCGCUAUGGCAGGCGUAUCAAGAUUGAUUGAAGGCUUCAGGGACUGUUUUUGUGUGUGUUUUGGAAUGGAUUAUUUAAAUAUUUAUACACAUAUAA